GGCAGAUGUACGGCUAAUGAGAUCUCGACAAUUCCACUUCCGCGAGUAUGACGUCAACGACGUUCUCCGUCCACUGUGCGCAAACACCAGUGCAGGCAGUGGGAGAAGUUGGCUGGCGGUGGUGAAGAUGGCGGAUGGAGACAGCGGGAGUGAGCGCGGUGGCGGAGGCAGCAGUGGCGGUGGUGGUGGCGGAGGAGGAGGCGGCGGUUUCUCGCAGUUCCAGCGAGAACAAGAGACGCAGGAAUUGGCGUCAAAGCGCCUCGACAUCCAGAACAAACGUUUCUACCUGGACGUCAAGCAAAACUCCAAGGGCCGCUUCAUCAAGAUUGCCGAGGUCGGUGCCGGUGGCUCAAAAAGUCGCUUGACCCUCUCCAUGUCCGUGGCGGCGGAGUUCCGCGAUUACCUCGGCGAUUUCAUCGAGCAUUACGCACAGCUUGGGCCCAGUAGCCCCGAGCAGAUCGCGCAGUCCUCAGGGGGAGGCCCAGGAGACGACGGCGGCCCUCGGCGGGCUCUCAAAAGCGAGUUCUUGGUGCGUGAGAACCGUAAAUACUACCUGGAUCUGAAGGAGAAUCAGCGCGGCAGGUUCCUGCGCAUCCGACAAACCGUGAAUCGAGGGCCGGGCUUCGGUCUCGGAGGCCCAGGCGGCGGCGGAGCGCAAGCGGGCCAAACCAUCGCUCUGCCCGCACAAGGCUUAAUCGAGUUCCGCGACGCGCUCGCAAAACUCAUCGACGAUUACGGUGGAGACGACGAGGAGCUGAGCGGCGGUGCCGGGGCUGGUGCGGCCUCCGGCGGUUAUAGCGAGUUGCCUGAAGGCACCUCCAUCAUGGUGGACUCCAAGCGAUUCUUUUUCGACGUCGGUUCUAACAAGUACGGCGUGUUUCUUCGCGUCAGCGAGGUGAAGCCCAGCUACCGGAACUCCAUCACGAUUCCGUUUAAAGCCUGGAGUAAGUUCGGCGGUGCCUUCUGUCGCUACGCCGAGGAGAUGAAGGAGAUCCAGGAGAGACAACGCGAUAAAAUGUACGAGCGGAGAGACGAGUCCGAGGGGGAGGACGUGGAUGACGACUGAUGCUACACAAAAUUAAAUAGUCAUAAUAAUAAUAAUAAUAAUAAUAACAAUAAUAAUAAUAAUAAUCUGGAUGUAGUGCUCAUAUGAUGAGAUCCGGUAUUAAAAAAAAAAAAAGAAGUGCAUGAAGAA